CCGGACACCAGCGGAUUCUCCACCCAGUGGAGACUCGGACAGCUGCUCCUGGUCUCCGCCCCGCCAGCGCCAGCGGUAGGCGCUGGGGACGUCAGCGCUGCCAGCGUGGAAACGGUGGCGGAGCACGGGAGGCGGAAGUAGCGCCUGGGACUGCGAUCCUCCGUCGGGCUCCGCCUGCUGCCUCUACCAUGGAUGCGUCCCUGGAGAAGCUCAUGUUGCCUGCCAGCACUCCUUCCUUGGUUUCUGUCCGUCACUCCAAUUUUGAAGCAAGCAUCUUCGAAUCUUCCUCAGCUCCAUCUUCACAUAAUAUAGCAGACCCUACAUUAGCUGAAAUGGGGAAAAACUUGAAGGAGGCUAUGAAGAUGCUAGAGGACAAUCACAGAAUAACAGAGGAGGAAAAUGGAAAGAAGCUCCUUUCAGGGGAUAUUCCAGGGCCACUCCAAGACAGUGGACAAGAUAUGGUGAGCAUUCUUCAGUUAGUUCAGAAUCUGAUGCAUGGAGAUGAAGACGAGGAGCCCCAGGAUGCCCGAAUCCAGAGUAUUGGAGAACAAGGUCAUAUAGCUUUGUUGGGACAUAGUCUGGGAGCUUAUAUUUCAACUCUGGACAAAGAGAAACUAAGAAAGCUUACAACUAGGAUCCUUUCAGACACUACCUUAUGGCUCUGCAGAAUUUUCAGGUAUGAAAAUGGCUGUGCUUAUUUCCAUGAAGAAGAAAGAGAAGGACUUGCAAAGAUCUGUAGGCUUGCCAUUCAUUCUCAUUAUGAAGACUUUGUAGUAGAUGGAUUCAAUGUGUUAUAUAACAAGAAACCUGUUAUAUAUCUUAGUGCUGCUGCCAGACCCGGCCUGGGCCAGUACCUUUGUAAUCAGCUUGGCUUGCCCUUCCCCUGUUUGUCUCGUGUGCCUUGUAACACUAUGUUUGGAUCCCAGCAUCAGAUGGAUGUUGCCCUCCUAGAAAAACUGAUUAAAGAUGAUAUAGAACGAGGAAAACUACCCCUAUUACUGGUUGCAAAUGCUGGAACCGCAGCAGUAGGGCACACAGAUAAGAUUGGUCGUUUGAAAGAACUCUGCGAGCAGUAUGGCAUAUGGCUUCAUGUGGAGGGUGUGAAUCUGGCAACGUUGGCUCUAGGUUAUGUCUCCUCUUCAGUGCUGGCCGCAACCAAAUGUGAUAGCAUGACACUGACUCCAGGCCCGUGGCUGGGUUUGCCAGCUGUUCCUGCAGUCACCCUUUAUAAACACGACGAUCCCGCCUUGACUUUAGUUGCUGGUCUUACAUCAAAUAAGCCAGCGGACAAACUCCGUGCCCUGCCACUGUGGUUGUCUUUACAAUACUUGGGACUUGAUGGGACUGUGGACAGGAUUAAGCAUGCCUGCCAACUGAGUCAACGGUUGCAAGAAAGUUUGAAGAAAGUGGACCACAUCAAAAUCUUGGUGGAAGAUGAGCUCAGUUCUCCAGUAGUAGUGUUCAGAUUUCUGCAGGAACUACCAGGCUCAGAUCCAGUGCUUAACGCUAUCCCAGCGCCCAACAUGGCACCUUCAACAGUUAGCCGGGAGCGGCACUCCUGUGAUGCAUUGAAUCGCUGGCUGGGAGAACAGCUGAAACAGCUGGUGCCUGCAAGUGGCCUCACCAUCAUGGAUCUGGAAGUGGAAGGCGUGUGCUUGAGGUUCAGCCCUUUAAUGACAGCAGCAGUUUUAGGAACUCGGGGAGAGGAUAUGGAUCAGCUUGUAGCCUGCAUACAAAGCCAGCUGCCUGUCCUAACCUGUACACUGCAGCUGCGAGAGGAGUUCAAGCAGGCGGUGGCGGGAACAGCAGGCCUCUUAUACGUUGAUGAUCCUAACUGGCCUGGAAUAGGGGUUGUCAGGUACGAACAUGCUAAUGAUGAUAAGAACAGUUUGAAAUUAGAUCCAGAAGGGGAAAAAAUUCAUGCUGGACUCCUGAAAAAGUUAAAUGAACUGGAAUCUGACCUUACAUUUAAAAUUGGCCCUGAGUAUAAAAGUAUGAAGAGCUGUAUUUACAUUGGCAUGGCGAGUGACGACACAGAUGUUUCUGAACUCGUGGAGACCAUUGCAGUCACAGCCCGAGAAAUUGAAGAAAACUCAAGGCUUCUGGAAAACAUGACAGAAGUGGUUCGAAAAGGAAUUCAGGAAGCUCAGGUUCAACUGCAGAAGGCCAAUGAGGAGCGCCUUCUGGAAGAGGGGGUGUUACGCCAGAUCCCUGUCGUAGGGUCCGUGCUGAAUUGGUUUUCUCCAGUCCAGCCUUUACAGAAGGGAAGAACUUUUAACCUAACAGCAGGCUCUCUGGAGUCCACAGAACACACUUACGUCUCCAAAGUACAAGGUACAGGAGUAACACCACCUCAGACCCCCUCAGGCACUCGCACUAAACAGAGACUUCCAGGCCAGAAGCCUUUUAAAAGGUCCCUAAGCGAGACAAGCUCAGUCAGUCACACUGAAGACUUAGAAAAAAUGGAGCAUCUGUCUGGUGGGCUGGAACAACAGGCCCUGGAGGCUAACAGCCCUGAGCAACACCCAGGGACUCCCACCCCUCAGGAAGCCAAGCAGACUGGAGCCGUCCAGAACAUUGCCCAGGGCCCAGAAGAUGACCCCCCACAGGUAGAAGAACCGGAAAGCUUAAGAUAAAAUUCAGUGUUUGGUUUGAGACUGUAUUGAAUAUUUUGUCAAGAAAGAUGAAGUUAUACUGAAAAUGUGAACUGUGCCACAUGCUAAUACAAGAGAAAUUACUAUUUGUGCUUAGCUGGGAUUUUUGCACAAAUAUGUACCUGAAAACCAGGCUUUCUAGGAGGGUAAUUGACUGGUCUAAUUUUAUGGGUAUAGAGAUCAGCUGUUAUUUCUGUCUACCCAACUGGAGUAAUACAUUUUAUCCCCAAGUUACUAUAAACACUUUUUAUUCACAAAGAACACUCGGAAUGUCAAGUGCCUGCCACUUGAAACACCUGCUCUUACCUUUGUAAGCAUAAGUUACUAGGUUGCACAUUAGGAGUAACUUUUUGGUAAGACAGUUUUCUUUAGAACUCUGUGGGUUCUGUUGUACUGCUGCAGAGGACUGACAGCUUUUGCCACCUGUGUUAGUUGGUGUUUACUCUGAUCAGGUUGCAGUAUACAACUGGAUCGUGUUGGCUUGAAGGAAAAUGGGUUUGUUUCAAUGGGAUUGUAAAUAAGAGUGUCGGAGAAGCCCUCUCCUGCCACCCCCAACUGCUGCUUUCCCUGGAGAUGGAAGGACUGUGUCCACGCGAGUUGUGGCAGGCUGUCAAACAAGUUAUACUGGGCAGUGCUUCUGUCUGGCCUUCCUCUGCCACGGAUCCAUUUCUCCCUUUAUAUACUAUCUGUAAACAAAUUAAAGGAUUCAUCUAUUAGGAGUAACUGCAAAGACUUCUUGACCAUAUAUAUGUAUAUUUUUAAAUACUGGUAAAGCUUUUAAAUUGGCACAAAAGAACAGACUGUGCUCGUCUUUGUUUAACAUCUGAAAACCCAAUAGAUGCUUCUCUUAAGAGCCUAAUAUUAAAUAUUGCUAUGUAGCACCCAGUUAAAUUUAAAUUCUAAAAUAAGUCUACCUGUUACUCGUUUCACAUGGGAGCUUCCACAGCUUCUGUUCCACUAGCAGCUCACCCCUUUGGGCUCAACUUGUAAACAAGAACCUGAAAAGUAACCUUUGCCAGGCUCAUCAAGUCAGACUCCUGCUAAGUAAGAUAACUGAAGGUUAGCUCUUAAUGACUGCCCACGUCCGCUCCUCCGGAAGCACAGCACCCCUGUAUUUACCCUAGGUGACGGCCCUGUGCCUCUAGCCCAGCAGUCAGCCUGGAGAGACCUCCAGACCGUGGGAAUCCACACUGGAUUUGUGGACUGUAGUAUUGGAAACCUUAGUUAUAUCACAGCAGACCUAUAAUUACACUCUGAUUUAAUGCGAUUUCUGACAUUUGGUACUUGUCAAAAUGCAAUUUUCCUUUCUUUUUAUUUGGGGCGGGGGGUGCAGAUGAUCAAAGUCUUCCCUGUUUAUUUGGUGCAAUGAAAUAUAGCAGAUAAAAUGGGGGAAGGGAAAAUUAUCACCUUUAACAAGAUUUUUAGAUGUUUUUAUAUAUAUAUUUGGAAUUGUUAAAUUGGUUUUGCUGAAACAGAAUUUCACCCUUGAGAUACUAUUUCAACAUUGGUUUCAAUAAAGGUUCUUCAAAUUGUUA